UGGCGAUCGGCCAGGCCUCAGCCGCGCUCCUCAACACCCACAAUCCGCACAAGAUGCGCCUUCUUGGGCUGUCGCUCGCUCCGCUGCUCCUCUCUGCUGCGGCGGCGCAGGGGGACUUUGACUUUUCGAGCUGCACCACGGCCGACGCCGAUGGCGAGAAAUGCGCGCAGAAGAUGGCUGCCGUCGUCGAGGUUGCACCGGGCCAACGCUACUUGACCACGAUUGCGUGCAAGGACUGUCCGUACGCGGAGACGUCCCAUGUGGGCUCGGAUGGCGGGCUGUCGGAGAGCAGGAUGGCGCACGGCGACCAGGAACUCUUCUUCAACGUCAGCCUCGCCAGCGACUCGCGCUCCGUGCUGCUCAACGGCCACAAGAUCUUCCCCGUCCUCCGAACCAUCCCGAACCCGCCGCACCUGGCCGUCCCGCUGCUGCACCCGGACUUUUCCUACGCCAACCUGACGGCCGCGACGACGUGCUCGGACCCGACGUGCUCCCAGCCGACGACAGGCAGCGACUGCAUCGCCUGGUGCCAGUCGCUGCCGCUCGCCCGCAUGGCCGCCGACUACUCGUACUCGGCACACACGCAGCGCGAAGAGGCCGACGCCCAGAUCCGCUUCUGGGACAUCGUCUUCGCCCCCGUCGGCGGCCGCAGCCUGUCCGGCACCCCGCACGCGAGCGGUGUCUCGGCGGCCUGGAAGCUCGACGACCCGGCCCGCCGCGCGCUGCACAUUGUCGUCGCCGGCCAGCCCGUCAAGCGCGGCAACAGGCACCGCCCGCACAACGAGGACGACGGGGGCCUGUUCGCGCCCGUGCGGGCCGACGAGAUGUACUCGCUCGAGAUCACAAAGGUCGAGCACGUCGCGCGGCGCUUCGACUUCCCCCCGCAGCACCUCGGCUUCUUCGGCACGGUGACGCGCUUCUUCGGCGGCGACGUGUGGAAGGCCGACGGCGAGCUGGUGUACCUGAGCGAAGAGUGGGGUGCGUGGGGCAAGCGAGGCACGCUGCGGAACUGGGUGGGCGACGUGUUCCACUCCAACUUUGUGGGGCUGUUCUUCAUCGUCGUCGGCAGCGUCGUCGGCGGCUUCAUCGCCCUGCGCGUCGUGCAGAGUGCGUGGCUGUUUGCCAAGCAGCAGCGCAGCCUCGCGCGCUGGAAGGGUAUCGAUGCCGUGUACAGCCAGCUCAACCAGGGCGGGGACGGGCAUGGGGGGGACUGGGACCGCAGGGACCGAACGGAGCAGGAUCGGUGGGACGGAAGCGCCAUCUCCGGGGCCAGUUCGCAGUCCAGCUUCAGCGGCGCCUGGCAGGGCGACUACAGGGACAGCUACGACGACACCCCGCGCCCCAGCCCGGCGUCGACGCACGAGAGGAUGAAGCCGCUGCCCACCAAGCCGCUGCCGGAGAAGCCGCUGCCGCUGGAGCCGCUCAUUGAUACAUAGCGCAGCAGCACAUGUCUAAACGCCGAGGGGAUUUCGAUUCUUGUAGUUGUUUCUGUAGAUUUGUGCAAUUCACGUGUCCAUCUAAGCUCACCUUUUGCGGAGGCCCCGCGCCGUCG